ACUAACCUUAGCCUAUGUAACUUUGAGCUUUUAUCCCUUAUCCUUAUCCCACGUUAAGGACAAGUAGCUCAGGUAGCUCGGACUUACCCCUAACCUUGCACAUAAAUUCUGAUGAUACAGUCCUCCACUGCUGCUGCAGUGUAAUGAGUAGCAUUAUAUAAGGGCUGUACUGAGGUCAGUGUUGACAGACAGAGCAAGCCUUGAGUGGACAAGACGGCACCAUGAAGCUGACCCUGGACCAGUUAUCAGCCCAACUCAGCUUCACUCCUCUGCUGCAUGUAGAGAACGCCACACAGGCCAGACUCAACAACAGUCACAGCUUCUACGACUCCCUCCUCCUCCCCUCAUCCUCCUCCUCAUCCCUCCUUCCCCCUGACUCUCUCCUCCCGUCUUCCUCCCUCUACCCUCCUGAUCCUCCCCUCUUCUCCUCCUCCUCGUCCCUCUUCCCCUCUUCCCUCCUCCCUCCUGAUGAUUCAGAGCUGACCAGUUUGUUAUGGACGGUCCAUGAGCCGACCACGGUGGCUCUGAUACUCAUGUACUGCCUGUCCUUCCUGGUGGGGUUCGUAGGGAACAUCAUGUCAAUGAAGGUGCUGACCAACCGACGUAGCGAGAGGCUAGCCGCGGUCAGCGCCACGCGGUACCUCCUGGUUAACCUGGCGGUGUGCGACCUGGCCGUGGUGUGUGUCUGCAUGCCCAUAACGCUGGGUCACCAGAUCUACUCGGCCUGGGUCUACGGGGACUUCCUGUGCCGAGCGGUCCCCUUCACCCAGGCCGUCUCCGUGUCGGCUAGCGUGCUAACGCUAACGGUCAUCAGCGUCAACCGUUACUUCAGUGUACGCUGCCCGCUCCGCGCCCGCUCCCUCUUCACCCGCCGCCGGAUCCUCGGGACGGUCGCCGUGGUGUGGGUGGUGUCAUCGGCCAUCUGCGCCCCAUUGGUGUUCAUGAACCGGCGAGAUGAGAUCAGCCUGGGGGCGUCGUUUGUGAUCCCUGUGUGCCAGGAGGUGUGGCCGGGGCCGCGUCUGAAACAGGGCUACACCGUCCUGCUCUUCGUGGCGCUCUACUGCAUCCCCGUGACCUUUAACCUCACCAUCAGCUUCCUGACUGGCCGCCGGCUCUGGGGGGACGGGAAGCGGACGUUUACGGAACUCGACUCCCGAAGCCGAGCGCUGCACACUGAGCGCCUCAAGACGAGGAAGAAGAUCGCCAAAAUGGUGGUGUCCUUGGUGCUGCUGUUUGCAGUUUCCUGGCUGCCCCUGUAUCUGGCUGAGUUCUGGAUCGACCGAGUGCAGCAUCCGCCAUCUUGGCUCAUGCAGAGCCAACCCUUUGCCCAGUGGCUGGGCCUCACCAACUCCAGCCUCAAUCCUAUCUGCUACUGUUUCAUAGGUGAUCUCCACCGUGGGGCCAAGGUGUUCCGUACCCACUACCACCGCCGGAUCGCUGCUCUCUUUGGUUCCUCUUUCGCCAACUCCGCCACGACCACUGCUGCUGAGGGAGGAGUAGCCGUGGCAACCGUGGCCGCAUCCACGGCAGCCAUUCCUAAGUGGUUUACCUUUUCCAGGGCGGCAGGGGGGCCAGGCGGGUCUGAUAACAGUCUGUCUGACUGGUACAAGUCCAGCCCCAGUGUGUGUGAGAAAUCCCUACUACCCAGUCAUCCUGACAGGCCACAAACACUCUCUAUACGGACCGUCUGUAGGGACAUAAUGGACACCUCCCCUUUAAAUAGAGACUGUGGGGGUAGGAAGGACACCCUCCCUUUAUGGCCUUUAGCAUCUGAGGACAGAAGAGACACCUUGCAUUUAAGACCGGCCUUUGGGGACAGACUGGACACCCAGAUUGGACACCUCCCUUUAAGGCAAAUUUUGGACAUCUUCCCUUUAAGCACUGUCUCUGUGGACAGCAGAGUGGACACCUCUCCUUUAAGACCAGAUGGUGGGGGUGAGAAAACAGACAGCCUCGCUUUAAGAGGAGACACCUCUCCUUUAAGACCAGAUGGUCGGGGUGAGAAAACAGACAGCCUCCCUUUAAGAGGAGACACUUCUCCUUUAAGUCGAGACUCUGCGGACAUUAUAUCAGACCAUAUAACAAGCCUGUGAACUCUGUGGAUCGUCAGAUGUAGUCAGAGAGAGAGAGAGAGGCCUUGGAGGUAAUCACUAAUGUACAGGGGAGAUGAUCACUGGGAGGGAUAAACACACACACAUCCUGGAUCGAUAGACUGUCUGUUGUAUCAUCAACACAGUGGGACCUGUUUCUCUCCCUGCAGCCAGUUGGGAAACUACACCCAUUGGCUCACUGCCUGUGAUUGACAGCCCACGGUGAUCCUGCCCACUGGUGUUUACAAAGCAGUUUAUCCUCCGUUAAUAGGGAUAAUGUGCAUCCCAAAUGGCACCCUAUUCCCUAUAUAGUGCACUACUGUUGACCAGAUUGGCACCCUAUUCCCUACACAGUACACUACUGUUGACCAGAGCCCGUAGUAAAUAGUGUGUCAUUUGAGAUGCAUGGAUUGUCAUUGCUGCCCCGUGUUUAGACCAGAGCCCUAUUCCCUAUAUAGACCAGGGCCCUAUUCCCUAUAUAGACCAGGGCCCUAUUCCCUAUAUAGACGUGUUUGAUUGUAAACACUGUGUGACUGACUGGGGACGUGUUUGAUCGUAACACUGUGUGACUGACUGGGGACGUGUUUGAUCGUAACACUGUGUGACUGACUGGGGACGUGUUUGAUCGUAACACUGUGUGACUGACUGGGGACGUGUUUGAUCGUAACACUGUGUGACUGACUGGGGACGUGUUUGAUCGUAACACUGUGUGAUUAAU